AGUCGAGUGUAUCUCCCCGUUCAGACAUUUUUUUUCCGUAUAGAAAGCACACGGUGCCAUUUAUAAGACUCUCUUUGAACGUAGUUUUUUCCGGAAAAGAUGUUUAUAGUGUAACCUGCAUGGUUUGACUAGUUCACCUGGCACCACCGUGGUACUACCUGCUGGAUCCUCUGGUAGGUAUCUUUAUUCUUUUCACAGCCAAUCACGCCAGCUGCGAUGACAGGUGUCGAGGAACAAGAAAAGCUUUUAGAGGAUGCCGUCGGAGUCGUGAAGGUCCAAGCAUUUCAAAUGAAACACUGUCUCGAUAAGUCCAAAUUGAUGGAUGCCUUGAAACAUGCAUCCACUAUGCUCGGUGAACUGAGAACUUCUCUUCUAAGUCCCAAAAGCUACUACGAGCUCUACAUGGCUAUUACUGAUGAACUACGUCACCUGGAACUCUACCUGUUGGAUGAAUUUCAGAAAGGACGAAAGGUUACAGAUCUUUAUGAGCUUGUUCAAUAUGCUGGCAAUAUUGUACCACGAUUGUAUCUACUUAUAACAGUAGGAUUAGUUUAUAUUAAAACAAAUCGAUACCUUAAAAGGGAUUUGUUACGAGAUUUGGUAGAGAUGUGUCGAGGUGUACAGCAUCCUCUGAGAGGACUCUUUUUAAGAAAUUAUUUACUACAAUGUACUAGAAACGUGUUGCCGGACGUUGCCGAUGGAGAUGAACAAGAAGGCACAGUACGUGAUAGCAUAGAUUUUGUUUUAAUGAACUUUGCCGAAAUGAAUAAGUUGUGGGUACGAAUGCAACAUCAGGGUCACAGCAGGAACAGAGAACGCCGAGAACGUGAACGAGAGGAGUUGAGAAUUCUCGUAGGAACGAAUCUCGUUCGUUUAAGUCAAUUGGAAACUGUUACUCUGGACAAAUACGUUAAGCUAGUGCUCCCUGGAAUUUUGGAGCAGGUGGUCAGUUGCAGAGAUGCGAUUGCCCAAGAAUAUCUAAUGGAAUGCAUUAUUCAGGUAUUUCCGGAUGAAUUUCAUUUACAAACACUGAAUGCGUUCCUAAAGUCGUGCGCGGAACUGCAAAAUGGCGUUAACGUUAAAAAUAUAAUAAUCUCGCUGAUAGAUCGUCUCGCGGCAUUUAGCCAGAGAUCAGACGGUGUGGGUGGUCCGCCCGGAAGUCCUAACCAAGUACCAGGAAUCCCACAGGAUGUGAAGCUCUUCGAUGUAUUUAGCGAUCAAGUGGCCACCAUCAUACAGACCAGGCAAAAUAUGCCUCCCGAGGACAUAGUCUCGCUACAAGUAGCUCUUAUUAACUUGGCACACAAGUGUUAUCCCGACCGAGUGGAUUACGUGGAUAAGGUGUUGCUCACAACUCUUCAAAUAUUUCAGAAAUUGAACAUAGACAAGUUGGAAUACAAUAGUGCCGUAUCCAGGGAACUUUCCCGAUUGAUGAAAAUACCGGUGGACAACUAUAAAAAUAUUCUGACUGUUUUGAAGCUCAAACAUUUUGCACCGCUUCUCGAGUACUUUGAUUACGAGGGUAGAAAGCUGCUCGCAGUGUAUGUCAUAACAAAUAUCUUAGAAAACGAGACACUGAUUCCUACUCAGGAACAAGUUGAGGCUGUUCUGUUGAUGGUGUCUCCGUUGGUACAAGAUCAGCCUGAUCAACCUAGCAUCAGCAGUAUGGUGGAGCCCGAGGAUCCAGAAGAUUUUGCAGAGGAACAAGGCCUUCUUGGUAGAUUGAUUCAUCAUUUCAAAUCCGAUACAGCAGAUCAGCAGUACAUGAUUCUGAGUGCAGCGAGGAAACACUUUAGUGCCGGUGGAAGCAAGAGAGUCAAAUACACACUGCCGCCGAUUGUUUUCCAAGCUUAUCAGCUCGCGUUUACAUAUAAGGGUCUCAAGGAUCAAGAUGACAUGUGGCAGAAGAAAUGUCAGAAAAUCUUUCAAUUUUGCCAUGCUACCAUAACAGCAUUAAUGAAGGCUGAUUUUGCCGAACUGCCAUUACGAUUGUUCCUUCAGGGAGCCAUAGCCAUCGGAGAAAUUCGAUUUGAUAAUUUUGAGAUGGUCGCUUAUGAAUUCAUGAGUCAAGCCUUCUCUAUAUACGAGGACGAGAUUUCGGAUAGCAAGGCACAACUUGCUGCUAUCACACUGAUCAUUGCUACUUUCGAACAGAUGAGUUGCUUCAGCGAAGAGAACGCCGAACCCGUGAGAAAUCAGUGUGCUCUUUACGCGAGUAAGCUUUUAAGAAAGCCAGAUCAGUGUCGAGGAGUGGCAACUUGUUCGCAUAUAUUUUGGUCUGGGAAAUCUUUGGCUACCGCCGGUAAAGAAAUGCAAGAUGGAAACAAGGUACUCGAUUGCUUGAAGAAGGGCAUCCGAAUAGCCAGUCAGUGUAUGGAUACGUCUGUGCAGGUUCAACUGUUUGUUGAAUUAUUGAAUCAUUACAUUUAUUUCUAUGAGAAAGGAAAUACGGCGGUGACUGUCCAAAUAUUAAAUCAAGUGAUCGCCAAGAUCAAGGAAGAGUUACCAAACUUGGAAGUGAGCGAGGAGACAGAACAGAUUCAGAAGCAUUUAGCCAAUACCGUGGAGCAUCUUCGAAAUCGAAUAGAAUCUUCAGAAUCGGAGGGACUGUCGUAUCAGGGCAUCGCUCUCUAAAAUCUGUUAUAAUUGUGAUGAUGCCCUGACGAUACCUUCGAAUUGGCCCUUGAUUCGUCGAGCUAGCGGUUAUUGCGCCUCAGUGUUAUUACAUUUCCACAGGGAAUAAAUAAUUGAGAUCCGCCUCUAAAGAACGUAAUAAGUCCUUACUGCAAAGUAUGAUAAUAAAUCACGGAUAUCGGUAAGACCAGCCGUACACUGAAGUCUCUGUGCUCCGAUGUUCAGUAACGUCGUAUAUUUCGUCAUACAUGAUUUGAGUAUGAUGAGCAUAAUGUUAAAGCCGGCUUUGAAAACGCAGUUGUACGUAUAAUUGUUGAAAUGAUCUCAAGUUGAUGAAUUCUUGUAUGCAUUAUUUUCCCUAUUGUCUUUUGGAACCGCAAAGUGACGACCGUGGACAACGUGCUUGUAAUUUUUUUGUUCCCUCCGACGUCGAUUGUCGUUCGCGAUAUCCAGGUGUUUCUAACAAUCGACUCGGAUGUCCAGGUUGGUCCAGGUUUGCUCUGUCGUUUUGUGCGUCCAAAAGGUUGGAUGCACAGAACCGGCUGUCUUAAGGAGGUCCUGUCGAUGCAUGCUAGUCAACUGAUCAAUUAUCAAAUCUAUUGAAUAAAUCGAUUAAAACAAACUGGACUUUCUACGAAAUUAUUCACAUUAAGUAUAGAAAUUUGUUUGUAGGUGUCUAACUUUGUGAAAUUAGCUCACUCGUACAAAUAUAUUUAAUAAUCAUACUCUCA